CUCGCGUCGACGCUGCUUCUCUUUUCUCACAAGCGGAAUAGUGAAUUAGUGCCGCUGCUGUGUGUCAUCUCACGACAUUUAUCUAGUCUCUUUGUUGGGAGAUGGUGUAGAUGGACAGAUGAUUUGAGGAGCUGAAGCUCUGUUUCCAGGGUGAUGAUCUGUGUUCUGUGAGAAGUGUGAUUAUUAUGGGCUGCAUUUGCUGUAAGCUGAGGAAGGCCUCCAAAUCCUCUGCCGCAUCAAAUACUGACACCUGUGAGACAGGAGGUGGAGCUAAGGGGACGGACAGCUCUCGUUAUAUUCCAGACCCCACCCAGAAUUCAGCGACGGGCCUCAUCCCCAACUUUAAUGAUUUCCCCAACACAAUCAAUUCCUCCAGUGCAUUUACCUCCUCCGGCUUCCCUUCCAACUCCAACCAGCCCUGGUCUACUGGCAUCACAGGCGUAGGUGUUACUCUGUUUAUAGCGCUAUAUGAUUACGAUGCCAGAACGGAGGAUGACCUGUCAUUUCAAAAGGGAGAAAAAUUCCAUAUUAUCAAUAACACUGAAGGUGACUGGUGGGAGGCACGCUCUCUGGACACAGGGAAGUCUGGGUACAUUCCUAGUAACUAUGUGGCCCCUGUGGAUUCCAUACAGGCUGAGGAGUGGUAUUUUGGGAAGAUGGGCCGUAAAGAUGCAGAGCGCCAGCUGUUGGGACAAAACAACCCCAGAGGAACCUUUUUAAUCAGAGAGAGCGAGACUACUAAAGGAGCAUACUCUCUGUCAAUCAGAGACUGGGAUGAGGCUAAGGGUGACCAUGUCAAGCAUUAUAAGAUACGAAAGCUUGAUAAUGGUGGAUAUUACAUCACCACAAGAAGCCAGUUUGACACUGUCCAGCAGCUGGUGGAACAUUACACAGAGCGUGCAGCAGGGCUCUGCUGCCGUCUGAUGGGCAGCUCUAGACGAGGUAUGCCUAAGUUAGCUGACCUAUCUGUGAAGACUAAAGAUGUUUGGGAGAUACCAAGGGAAUCACUACAGCUCAUUAAGAAACUGGGCAACGGGCAGUUUGGUGAAGUGUGGAUGGAUUGUAACGAUGGUUUAUGUUACUACCUCACCCAGCCGUGUCAAAAUUCCACACCCCAGACUCUCGGUUUGGGGAAGGAUGCCUGGGAGAUCCCCCGGGAAACACUGCAGCUCCAGAGGAAGUUGGGUCAGGGUUGCUUUGGUGACGUCUGGAUGGGGAUGUGGAAUGGCACAACUAAAGUAGCAGUGAAGACUCUGAAACCUGGAACCAUGUCUCCAGAGGCCUUCCUGGAUGAGGCCCAAAUUAUGAAGAGACUCCGGCAUGAUAAACUGGUGCAGUUGUACGCUGUGGUGUCAGAAGAACCUAUUUACAUUAUCACAGAGUUCAUGACUCAAGGAAGCUUGUUGGACUUCCUUAAAGAUGGAGACGGCAAAAAUGUAAAGCUGCCUCAGCUUGUGGACAUGGCUGCACAGAUUGCAGCUGGCAUGGCAUAUAUUGAGAGGAUGAACUACAUCCACAGAGACCUGAGAGCAGCCAACAUCCUGGUGGGAGAUAGCCUGGUCUGUAAGAUUGCCGACUUUGGCCUGGCCAGACUGAUUGAGGACAAUGAAUACACCGCCAGACAAGGAGCCAAGUUUCCGAUAAAGUGGACAGCCCCAGAGGCGGCUCUUUAUGGUAAAUUUACCAUCAAAUCAGAUGUGUGGUCAUUUGGCAUCAUGCUGACUGAACUUAUCACCAAAGGAAGAGUACCAUACCCAGGAAUGAAUAACAGGGAGGUUCUGGAGCAGGUGGAGCGUGGAUAUCGUAUGCCAUGCCCGCAUGGCUGUCCAGCCUCUCUGCAUGAGCUGAUGCUGCAGUGCUGGAGGAAGGACGCAGAUGAGCGGCACACCUUCGAAUACCUGCAGGGCUUUCUGGAAGACUACUUUACUGCCACUGAACCACAGUACCAGCCAGGAGAAAACCUGUGAUUACAAAAUGUAUGAAGUGAUUCGACUGCUGUUUCACUGGGUUGAACAGGUUUUAAAAAUGUUGUCCAUGAGAGUCCCUCACACUGAGUCUUCCAAAGAAUGUAUGUGGAAUAAUGUGCAAAUAAUACUUAAAAGUGCCAUCCAUGUAAGUUAAGAUAUACAAAAAUGUGUAUUCCAUAUAACAUGCUUGUAUUUGAUUAUAAGUUUGUAUUUGAUAACAUUGUGGUCUUUCUUACAACUAAGAUGAAAUGAAGUGCUGAAAAACCCAUAAUCUGUCUGUUAUGUUUGCACUAUAUUUCCAUAAUAUAGUAAGGGCAUUAAAUUGCUAUCAGAUUAACACCAGACUAGUUACACAACUAUGCAACUCAAAAAUAUAAUUUUAGUGCAAAUUCUUAUCAAAAGGGCUAAAACAGUACCACUGAAAUCAACAUGUAUGGUUCACAUUUCUGAAUGUGGUGCUUUUGUGGGACAUACUAUCACUCUACCUUUUACCUUCUGGCUUUUGUAGCUUUAAAUGCAAGAAUGAUUUAAAGUCUGAACUAGGCCUGUUCACAGCUAAAACUGUUCUUUCGUCAGACAGCGUUAAAGUAUAGUGUUUUUAUAAGAAUAAUACAGAUGAUCUAACUACUGCCUGAGAACAGAGUUACUGUAUUUGUUCUUAAACUUUUUUUGGAAUUUUACAAUUAUCUGUGAUUUUCUAUCUAUGUGUAUCUGGUGGCCUCAACUACUUUCUGUGACUCGUCUUUUGUGGCAUUCUCCAGUCUUGAAUAUAUUCAUUACAUUCACUUACUUAA